AAAUGAAACAGAUGGAUGAAUCAAAGAGCACAUUAAUAAUUUCUUUUUAUUUUCUUUUUUAUUAAUUUAGAGCUUAUUAUAUAAAGGACAUGGAAUAGAGAGAGAGUUCGAGUUAGGAGGCCACUUUUGUGAAUAUGAUAAAUGGAGGUGGGUUGGUUUUUGAAUCUCUGACCAUUCGCCUAUUAACAUGCGUCUAUAGGCUGCGAUGAACGCCAGUAAGAAACAGUUUCGCAUAGAGGUGCAAUCAAUCUGAAACCAAUGUACUGUGAGUAGCUUUUGUUCCAAACUCCCUCUUAAUACGUUAUGCUAAUUGAGCAUCUAUGCUAAGUCAAGUCGGCGAUCUCUUUUACUAAAUUAAUAAAUUGUGUCAUGUCUCAAAACUGCAUGCAUAGGAUGGCAGCAUCAUAUGACAAGCAAUAAUACUAUAAUAGCCGUAUCCUAAUUUAUUUUGCUAUAUUUAGAGAGGGAGUCAACAAAAGGGAUAAGAAAGAAGUGAAGGGUAUCCGAUUUGGAGAUGCUUAAUCAUAUCAAUCUUAGCAUCACUAUUUUUACACAAGAUCCCCACUCAUUGGAAUCUUGAUUCCUCCGCAAAAAGAGGGCAAUUUAUAUGCGUUAUGAGGCUCAAUCUGAACCUCAACCCCAACCCUUGCCAAUUCCAAAUGGCAUGCGGUGCGGUUCCAUGACCCAGCUUACCAUGCGGGCAUGUCAUGUUAUCCCUCCUUGAACAAUUUCCUUUUCUCUUAUGCAUGGUUCCUUUUGUCCAAUAGAAAAUGGAGGACAGAGGAGGAACCAUUCUGAUGAAAAGGUAUGAGGUGGGGCGUAUGCUUGGGCAAGGAAACUUUGCAAAAGUUUACCAUGCAAGGAACCUCAAGACGGGGCAGAGUGUUGCCAUCAAAGUCCUUAACAAGGAUAUGGUGAUGAAGUUUGGCAUGGCUGAGCAAAUCAAGCGUGAAAUCUCGGUGAUGCGGCUCGUGAGGCACCCCAACAUUGUGCAUCUCUACGAGGUGAUGGCAAGCAAGACCAAGAUAUACUUUGUGAUGGAAUAUGUCAAAGGUGGUGAGCUUUUUGACAAGGUGUCCCUAGGGAGGUUGAAAGAAGACCUGGCCAGAAAAUAUUUCCAGCAAUUGAUGGAUGCCAUUGAUCUUUGCCACAGCAGAGGAGUGUAUCACCGCGACCUCAAGCCGGAGAACCUUCUCUUGGACGAAAAUGGGAACCUCAAGGUCACAGACUUCGGCUUGAGCGCCUUGACGGAGAGCAGAAAGAGUGACGGCCUUCUUCACACAACUUGUGGAACUCCGGCCUAUGUGGCUCCAGAGGUGAUUAGGAAGAAAGGCUACGACGGAGCCAAGGCAGAUAUUUGGUCUUGUGGCGUGAUUCUUUAUGUUCUGUUGGCUGGAUAUCUUCCUUUCCGGGAUAAGAAUCUCAUUGAAAUGUAUAGAAAGAUUGCCAAAGCAGAUUUCAAGUGCCCUCAAUGGUUCCCUGUUGAUGCUAAAAGGCUUCUCUACAGGAUUCUUGAUCCUAAUCCAAUAACCAGAGUUACUAUUCCCAGAAUUAUGGAGAGUAGAUGGUUCCAAAAGGGGUAUGAGCACAAUGCAUUAUCCCAUCUCCCACCUUUGUCCCCAAGAUGGGGUGGUGAUGACUGUAUCUCCGAUGUUGAGGCUGCAUUUGCAUUUACCUACUCCUCCUCCUCGUCCUUCUCCUACUCAGGAGAAGAAGAUGAAGAAGUAGUAGUUCCCAUGAAGCUGUAUCGCUUCAAUGCGUUUGAUAUCAUAGCACUUUCCUCAGGGUUUGAUCUCUCUGGCUUGUUUGAGAAAGAUAACAGUCAGAGACAACAUGCAAUGUUUAUAACAAGAAUGCCACCAGCAGUGAUUGCAUCAAAGCUGGAGGAGAUAGGACAGAUGGAUAAUAGUUUUAAGGUGAUGAGGAAUAAUGGAGUUGUUAGGUUGGAAAAAAGAAAUACAAAGGGAACCAGCCAACUCAGCAUAGAUACAGAGAUUUUCCAAGUUACAGAUUCCUUUCAUGUUGUUGAGAUCAACAAGGUACUUGGGGACUCAUUGGAAUACACCACAUUCUUGGAGCACCAUCUUAAGCCUUUCCUUGAUGAAAUUGUUUUGGCUUGGCAAGGAUGUCACAACCACCAAUAACCAAUUAAUAAUUAUAGUAGCAUAUAGCACUCUACUUGGAUUCAAGGUGCUUCCAUGCAUUCUAAUCCAAAUGUCAAUUCACUAUAUAGUUGUUUCUUUUUUUUUUCCUUUCAA